AUGUACUGGCCAACUGGCGCACCCCAGGCAUAUGCGCUGUCGCGGCAUCGUACAUCUGCAGCUCCGGUAACACCAACGGAAGCACACUACCCAGAUGCUCCGGCAACUUCAGAAGCUGCUGGAGAUAAUGAAGCACAGGGAAGAGAGGAUGAUGACAUACGUGAACACAUUAUACUUUCCGCGAAGGCCUCUCGCGGCGGAACGAUCUUUGCCACGAUUACUGCAUCCGCCUUGACCAUCUGGCAGACCAAACCAACCCUAGCUCUCGCCAGCAUCACACGCUCGGCAGAGUCAGUCAAGGCAUAUGGCCCUAAUGCCACGCUCCUCUUGCGUCCAGAUGCUCUCGUGAUAGCUGUGCAGACUCCGCAGAACUACCUGAUCAUUUACACUGUUGCCGCCGAUCCCAAUGCUCGCGUGUAUCAGACAGAGCUAUCCACUCUGAGCAGCCAUGCCCGGAGAACCAGUGCCGGAGGUCCUCUCAGUUACCGCCAUCUUUCGGACGCUGGAGGCGCGCUGGCGGAGGCCGAUGGCAUCAAAGAAGUCAAUCUUUGCUUUCGCAUGGUCAUGCGCAUCGACGCCGGUAUCAACACGGCUUUGGCCCUUGAUGAGGAACUCGUGGUCGCCACCGAACAUCCGGCAGCCCUUCAAUGCAUUUCGUGGCCUGAGCCUGAGAGUGUCAAUGCUAAGAAGAGCGCACAGGCCAGCACAGAACUGCUCAGCAGGAUGCCGUGGCUUGUGAACAGGAGCAACAUUGUAGAGAUGGUUCAUGAUCGACCAAUGAAUCUCACCUGCUGGGUGAUGAGUGACGGGCGUACCUACGCCGUUCAGCGCCACUCCUCUGGCCAUGUCGACACAGACACCUCCGCCAGUCUCUUUCAUGGCUAUUGCUUUCGAGCUCCUGAACCCGAGGAGCAGGGCACAUACGGCGUAAGGGCCGCCAUAAACGCCCGUUUCUCCCUGAUCGCUGUUGGACGGGCAGACCGUGGCAUUGAUGUGUAUGCGGUGAAAGAUUACACCGGCAAUAUACCUCUGUCACACAAAUUGCGGCUUUCUGUACCCCACACAUCCUCUGGCGGCCUGCUUUGUCUCAGCUAUUCUCCUGACGGCUACUGCCUAUUCGCCGGAUACGAGAAGGGCUGGGCAACAUGGAGCGUGUACGGCCAAGCUGGUGCAAGCUCUUUCAUGCAGGGCCGUGAGGCCUCGAUGUCGACUGACGAGCCCUACCGGCGCAGCGCCAAGGAUGUGUUUUGGAUCGGGGGCGGCUGCGAAUUGAUGCUCCUACCGAAAGAUGAUGAUCGCCUAUGGAGUUUGCAGAUGGCCCGGAGUGCCAUAACUGGCUGCUUCAAUUCUGCGAGCCUCCCAUGGGGCCUACUCGUCACGAGCGAUCACGUCAAGAUCUACAAAGGUCACGAUGCUCCAGAUGCGACGACAGCAACAUCCGAGCCUUGGUUGUGGAAAUCAGUUCAAAUACCUGCUUCAUACCUGCUGUCGCAGUGGCCAAUCAAGUCGGCCGUGGUUUCUUCCGACGGGAAAUACAUUGCCGUUGCGGGGCGACGAGGGUUGGUGCACUACAGCGUCUCCAGUGGACGUUGGCGAGUGUUUGAUGAUCUGGCCGCUGAGCAGGAAUUCUCCAUUCGCGGUGGAAUGUGUUGGUUCCGACAUUUCCUACUGGCCUGUGUGGAGUGCAGUUCAGAGGACGCACGUUACCAGAUUCGCUUGUAUUCUCGCGAAAAGGCGCUGAACCACAGCAGCAUACAACACGCCGAGCGCCUCGCAACUUCUGCAGUCUUCAUGACGACUACCGGCACAAAUUCGCUACUAGUCUAUACACAAGACAACACCCUGCUGCACUUUCUCAUUGUGCCGAAUGCAAGCUCUGUCAGAUUGACGAAGGUUGGGCAGACCGGGUUUCACGGAAUCAUCAGAGCGCCCCCUCGCGUGCGUUCAAUCAGCUGGCUUCGACUGGAAGAGCCCGCGGACGAUGAUGUUCCACAAGACAUCACCAAAGCCUUACUUUUAUUUCUUGUGGACGGCAAGCUAGUCCUCUUACAGCCCACCACCAGCGAGCAGGCAGAGGUGAAGUAUGACAUGUGCGUGCUUGCUCAGAACGUGGAAUACUACAUCUUGGUCCGCGACAUGGCUGGUAUCUUGGUCGAUUUACAGCGGCAAAUGCGCGACAUCCCGCUCUUUCACGAUGCCCGCGUCGGCCAAUCCUUCGCACGCAGCCUCCUGGACUCGCUCUGGUAUUUCAACGGCAGAGAUUUCCAGGUGUGGCUUGAUACUCAAGACCUUGUUGCGCAUGCUCGCACGGAGACAGGACGGGAUCUACCAUGCACCGUACAGAUCCCCGUCGAUUUCUACCCUCUGCUCCCACUUGUCAUGAGCGGCAUCGUCCACGGUCUCGACGCAGACUUGGUCCAACGACGAGACGUCGAUUUCUCCUUCUCCCGCCUGGCUCCCCGGACCCAGCUCUUCCUACCUCAAUUGCUCGAGCACCAUCUGGCCCAGUUCAACUCAUCUGCAGCGUUGCAUGUGUGUGAGGCUUUUCAGCACCUACCGUACUUUCCACACGCUCUGGAAAUCAUGCUACAUGACGUCCUUGACGCCGCCGUCGAUAGCCCUCCGGCAUCUCCGGAGCUGGCCCUCUUAUCCACGGCCGUUUCUUUCUUGUCUUCGUUCCCAUCCUAUCUGGACGUCAUUGUAAAUUGCACUCGCAAAACAGAACUGCGCAGCUGGAAGACGCUUUUCUCAUGUCUCCCACCCGUCCUUGAUCUAUUUGAGCAGUCGCUCUCCCAAGGGAAGCUUAAAACCGCGGCGGGCUAUCUAUUGGUCCUGCAUACUCUGGAAGGCGACGAAGAACUGGGGAAUUCACAAGAAGCAGAACACACGAAGCUACUCACCGCCGCGGCGGCUGCGCAUGACUGGGAACUUUGUAGCGAGCUCGCAAGGUUCAUGGUCGGCAUUGACCGGAGCGGCACGACUCUGCGUGCAGCACUUUCGGGGGCUGGCCUCGGAGCUGCAACGAACGGAGUGGCCCCAGUGGAGCACUCAGAGCGCGUGUCUGAGGAUACCCCAUCAAAGGGUUCCGCACUAUCUGAUAGCGACGAGAAUAGCAGGGCAGAAACCAACGGCAAGGAUGAAGGGGCUUUGGACUGA